AUGACUGAGGACAACCACUCCUUGACGACUGAGUGUAUCCUCAUGGGAUUUACAGACCACCCAGAGCUGAAGACCCUUCUGUUUGUGGUGUUUCUGGCCGUCUAUCUGAUCACCAUGGUGGGUAAUCUCGGUUUGGUGGUGUUGAUUCACAUGGAACGCCGCCUUCACUCACCAAUGUACAUCUUUCUGGGCAACCUGGCUCUGAUGGAUUCCUGCUGUUCCUGUGCCAUCACCCCCAAGAUGUUAGAGAACUUCUUUUCUGUAGAUAAAAUUAUUUCUCUUUAUGAAUGUAUGGCACAAUGUUAUUUUCUGUGUCUUGCUGAAACUGCAGACUGCUUUCUUCUGGCGGCAAUGGCUUAUGAUCGCUAUGUGGCCAUAUGCAGCCCCCUGCAGUACCACACCAUGAUGUCCAAGAAACUCUGCAUGCAGAUGACCACAGGGGCCUACAUAGCUGGGAAUGUGCAUUCCAUAAUUCAACUAGGGUUUCUCUUUAGGUUAAUUUUCUUUUGCAUAUGGUUUCUACUGGAGAAUGUUCGACGUUAA